AUGUUCACCUACAGACUUGUAUUUGUUGGACCUCUGAUUUUGGUUUUGAUCAGCUCAGCUAAGGCUCGCCAUCCGUUUGAUAUAUUUCAUUGGAACUCAAAAGACUUCGAUGAGUGUCUAGACUUCAAUAAUAUUUCCAUUGCGGAAUAUGAGAAGUACGCGCGGUUCGAGACUCUGGACUACCUGCUCAACGAGAAAGUGAACUUUAACUACAAAUGCAAUAUCAAAUGCCAGCUGGAAAGGGACUCAACUAAAUGGCUAAAUGACCAAGGCAGAAUGGAUCUCCAGCUGAUGAAUACCUCUAAGGUGGCUUCUGAAUCUAUAACGAAAUGCAUGGAUCAGGCUUCCGAAGAACCGUGUGCCUACAGUUUUAAGCUGGUUAUCUGUGCCUUUAAGGCCGGCCAUCCUACUACUGACUCAGAAUAA